GGAGCGCGCAGCAAGGUCUGGUGGUACAAGUGGUGCGUGCUCCUCUCCCCUCAGUUACCCGCGGUUUGAAUGUGAUGAGACGUUGGGCCCCUAGCGACGGACGGUUUGUGUGUCGUUUGCGGGUUUUUUAUGACUUCCGCCAGCGGUGAGGGUUUAUUUUUUUGUUUAUUUUUUUAGUGGGCAGGUUUAGCUUUCUAUUGUCCCUCCAUUUGGCUGUAUGAAGGACUGACAGGCGGCAUGUGAUAACAGACAAGAGACUGAGGCGUGUUCGUGUUUCACGGAUGUUCCCCGGGAAAAGAAGACAGCGGAGAGGGGGCUAGCUUUAAUUUUUUGUUUUGUUUUGUUUGUUGUUGUCUGUGGAUGUGACUUCAUCACCGCCCGGGUUCAUGACGGAGGAGGGCUGCUGGGGGAUUUUAUGGGGAGCUCUUGCUAGCUGUUGAAUGGCAAGCACCCAAAGAAUAAGAUGAACAAUGCCUCUGCGGGUUAAUAGUUGUGUCUGGAUGCUCUUGAGCGAGUGACCGUCUGUUUGCUAAAGGUGCAGACUGUGGUUUUAUGUCCGUGAAGUGAGAGCUAAACGCUGGGUUAACACACUGAAGAGGACGGGGAGGCUCAAUCCAGGCGCGGCCAGGCAAGCCAACAAUGCGGAUUACCUCUGGACUGUUUGCCUUUGUGUCAAUACAGACUGUAUAAAGUUGAGAUAAGACAAAUAGCCGGUCCUUUUUGCGAUUAUCAUUUAAUUUUACUGUCUUGGAGAGGACGUGAGGUUCAGAUCCUCACAUGUGCACAGGUUGUCUGUGAAAACUGCAAACUGACUGAAAACAGAGCAACAGGGACAACGAUGGCGAACGACUCCAUACAAAGUGACCCAGAUGGGCUGUCGGUUCUGGAGCAGCUCGGUCUGGACCAGAACUCGGAUUUCUCCGACUCCAGUGUGCAGCAGCUUCUGGACGAGCAGCGUGAAAGGAUCCGCAGAGAGAUUCGUAAGGAGCUGAAAAUCAAGGAGGGAGCUGAGAACCUACGCAGGGCGACGACUGACAAGAGAAACGCUCAGCAGGUGGACAGCCAGUUGCGGUCUUCUAACCGUAGACUGGACAAUCUACAUGCUCAGUUGCAAGAACUGGACGCUCACAUUGUGGUGAAGGGAGGAGAGGAGAAUAAAGAUGAGUGUCCUCAGUCUCCUGGGGCAGAGAGUCGGACGUCAGCCCACAAGGAACGUAUUGCUGCCCUGGAGAGACAGCUCAACAUCGAACUCAAAGUCAAACAGGGAGUUGAAAACAUGAUCCCUGUCUACUCCAAUGGAUCCACAAAGGAUAAGAAGAUGCUGCAGACGGCCCAGCAGAUGCUGCAGGACAGUAAGACCAAAAUUGACAUAAUCCGCAUGCAAAUCCGCAAGGCUGUGCAGGCCACCGAGCACAAUGAUGACACUCAGGGUAACCAGGACCUCUGCGGGAUGGAGCUACGUAUUGAAGAGCUGAGGCAUCACUACAGAGUAGAACAUGCUGUUGCUGAGGGGGCCAAAAAUGUGCUCCGGCUCCUGGGGGCCAGCAAGGUCCAGGACAAGAAAGCUCUUUCUGAGGCGCAGUCUCGUCUGAGCGAGGCGUCUCAGCGGUUGGACCUACUGAGAGACUCUCUGGACCAGCGUCUGGCAGAGCUGCCAGAGGACCAUCCCAAGGCCAGCGUCAUCAAAGAGGAGCUGGUCCUGGCCUCCUCCCCUGCCUUUAGCUCUCGCCAUGGCGCCCCCUACCUCCACAACCAAUACAGCACCCUCAACAAACCAUCACCUCUCACUGGUACCUUGCAGGUGCAGCUCUUUGGCUGCGUGGGGUUGUUGGAGGUGGUCCCAGGUCGCAAUAAAGGAACAGCUGUCAUGCUGCCCUGCUACAGCCCCGGAGACACCAGGUCCUUCAUGAGGGGCAGCAAAGGACUGUACGGACGGAGCGGCUCAGUCAGUGGGAAGACGCCUAGCAAGACCGACGAGCUGUCCUCUGAGGUGAGUACCGUGCUGAAGCUGGAUAACACAGUGGUGGGUCAGACAGCUUGGAGGACUGUGGGAGAACAGGCUUGGGACCAGACCUUCACUGUUGAGCUGGAAAGGUCGAGGGAGAUGGAGAUUGCUGUUUACUGGAAAGACUACCGCUCGUUGUGCGCUUUGAAGUAUGUGAAGCUGGAGGAGUUCCUGGACAACCAGAAACACAGAGUUCAGCUGGAGAUGGAGCCUCAGGGCCUGUUGCUGGCGGAGGUGACCUUCUUCAACCCGGUCAUUGAGAGAGUUCCUCGCCUCCAGAGGCAGAAGAAGGUCUUUUCUAAGCAGCAAGGCAAGGCAUUCCUUCGCGCUCGUCAGAUGAACGUGGAUAUCGGGACGUGGGUGAGGCUGCUUCGAAACGCCAUACCCACCGUCAACAAUUCAGGAACCUACAGUCCCAAUGCACACAGCCUAACACUCAACUCCGGGGAGGUCUCAGUGGAGAAGUUGAGUCUGGACAGUGACUCUCCAAUAAGAGGCGAUUACAAGAGAGAAAUGGACACACACACCCCGGUGAGACAGACGGAAAGAGAGGAAGCCCGGGAAAUGGGGGAGGACCGACUGCCAGUCAUCGAGCCCUUCUCCCCCCCAGACCUCACCCCUGAGUGCCCUAUCCGAACCCCGUCUGUUAGCAGUAAGCAGAGGAAAGGUCCUCUGUCACUCCAGGACUUCAGGCUGAUCGCUGUGUUGGGCAGGGGACACUUUGGAAAGGUGUUGUUAUCAGAAUACAGGAAGACAGGCACGAUGUACGCCAUCAAAGCCCUGAAGAAAGGAGACAUCAUAGCUCGAGAUGAGGUGGAAAGUCUAAUGUGCGAGAAGCGCAUCUUUGAGGUCGUGAACUUGUCGCACCAUCCCUUCUUGGUCAAUCUGUUUGCAUGCUUCCAGACUCCAGAGCAUGUGUGUUUUGUUAUGGAGUACACAGCAGGAGGCGACCUGAUGAUGCACAUCCACACAGACGUCUUCACAGAGCCUCGAGCUGUGUUUUAUGCAGCCUGCGUAGUUCUUGGACUUCAGUUCCUCCAUGACCAUAAGAUUGUGUACAGAGACCUCAAGCUUGACAACCUGCUGCUAGACACAGAUGGUUAUGUGAAGAUCGCUGACUUUGGACUGUGUAAAGAAGGAAUGGGCUUUGGGGACCGGACCAGCACGUUCUGUGGGACUCCAGAGUUUUUGGCCCCAGAGGUCCUAACGGAUACAUCCUACACCAGGGCAGUAGACUGGUGGGGACUGGGGGUCCUCAUCUAUGAAAUGUUGGUGGGAGAGUCUCCAUUCCCAGGCGACGAUGAAGAGGAGGUGUUUGACAGCAUUGUGAAUGACGAAGUCCGCUAUCCACGCUUCUUGUCCACCGAGGCUAUUGGCAUCAUGAGAAGGCUUUUGAGGAGGAACCCGGAGAGAAGACUGGGCUCUGGUGAAAAGGAUGCAGAGGAGGUGAAGAAACAGCCAUUUUUCAGAAACGUGGACUGGGAGGCGUUGCUGCAAAGGAAGGUGCCCCCUCCAUUCAUCCCCUCCAUCGGCGGCAAGGAAGACGUCAGCAACUUCGACGAGGAGUUCACCACUGAAGCUGCGGCGCUCACGCCUCCACGAGAGCCUCGCGUGCUCUCCCGCAAAGACCAGGACAGCUUCCGGGACUUUGACUACGUCUCUGACCUAUGCUAGUGGGCUGGUUAGCUCACAGACCUCGAGGAAUGUCCGAUUUUUGAAGGCUUCGCGACAGUUUUGUCAGAGCGGACCGACUGUCAGCUGACUGUUUGUCUGCCGUUAAUUACACUGUGAAUGAAUGCGGAGAGACCGGAGGCAGACGGUCUGUGUUUUGUGUGUCUGUAGGGUUUUAAAGAUGGAGGACUGAGGGAAAAAAAAGCCAGGACAGUUGGCUCAUGGGGUCACAUAUUUUAUCACAAACGAAGGACAAACGAAGCCCCCCCCCCUCUCCAAUCAUUGUACAACACACCAGUGACUUGUGUAUCGUUGCAAACAUUAGCCUUUAAAAUGCCUCCUCCCAUCCUCUUAAUGUGUCAGUGUAGUCACCUGUGCAGCUGAGGAGGAGCUUCUCUUCGUACUGUUGACUGUUUGGAGGCGUUGCUUAAUGGCCUCUCAUACCAAUGCCUUACAUUUGUACUUGUAUUUGAUCCACAGAAAAGCAUGUAGUUUUUAUUUUGUGGCCCUUUGUAUACAGCAGUAGGAAGAGAGACCUGAUGUACUGCAGAAAAAUACUCUCAAGAAAAAAAAAAAAAAGGGGUUUGAGAGUAGAAAUAGUGAAGUUCAGAGUGAAUUUGUACUCAUAGCUUUCCCAGCAGUUGUAUAAUGGCGACCUUCAGUCAUGCUGGCCAAUGCUAGGUGAGUAAUGAGUUAACUACGGGGUAAAGAACCACUGUCUUACUUUUCUUUGGACUUUUACCAACUACGUUUUAAAAUUUGUGCUGCUUGGAUUUUAAUUUCUGCGACAAAUGUUACAAAUUAGUCAUAUUUUAUGACAUUUUAUGACUCCUCAAUGCAUUCUUAAAUACCCAGCACAUACUGUGUUUUUUUAAUUGGAUAUUUGGGUAUUGAUAUGAACAGAUGUAGCAGACACAGAAUCACAACCACCAGCAUAAAAGCUACGUGGUAAGCAGGUUAUUUCAUUUUUUUAAAUUGAAAAAAAAAACAUAAAAAACACUAAGACUUGAUGUGUAAGUAACACAGUGUCCAUUAUGAGUUUGAGACACAUUCAUCCAGUUAUCUAAAUGCUACCAGAGUUUUGUGUACAUGAAGUAAGUCAUUUCCCACCAAGACAAUUAUAUCUGAUUUUAAACACACACUGGCUGUAACAGCUGUUUUAAAGUCUUUUUAAAGAACUUAAGCCAACAGUUUUUAAAGACGUUAUGUACUUUAUGGUCAUUGCAGGGUUUGGUUUCCAUCACAGUGAUUACAUCAUACAUGUUUUCGUCGAAAACCAGUUGACAUCUUAGUGAAUUUGGGAAAUCUGGAUGGCGGCACAAGCACAACAAACCUCAUUAGCCACUUUUCCACAGCAGAGCCAAUCAGAGCUUUCUGACCCCAGCUAAGAAGUUCUCUUGGCAAUAUGUUUCUAAAUGAACAAUAUCAUUGGAGGGAAACAGAAAGAUAAAUGUUGGAAAUUAUGAGCCAGUGGUAUAAACUUCUGUAACACUUUAGCAUUUCUGAGUACAGGAGAGGUUUGUUGUGAAGUUGUAUGUAUGAUGGUGUGGAUCUUAUCUUGUGUAUGACAAUACAAAACAAUGUGAGAGUAUGAGAUGACUUAUUUUAUAAAGAAAACCUGGAGUAAAUAAAA